UACAAGGCUGGCGUACGUGUCCUUCAGUUGGCUACUGAAGUACAAGUAUCUCAGAGUGUUUCAAGUUACGCGAGAGCCUUCUUGCUCAAGUAGAAAUGACACACCAUGGGUUGGAAAGACUAUAUUUAGGAUUGCCAUGCUGAUAUUAUGUAUCAUGUCACGGUCUAAUAGUUGUUUAAAAUGACAUUGGUUUGGAGAGUAGCGCGUCAUCUCAAACAAAAAUAACAAACAGAAGUUUCGUCUGUGUUGUACAGAAGCAACGCAGGUGAAAGUUCACUCUUUGUAGCGGGUUGCCGUGUUCAACUGCAUUUGAAUCACCUUAAUUAUGUAAUAAGUUUUACUUUUGUUAAGGUGAAGUUGCUUUGUCGUGAAAAUGAAUCCGAAAACUGGAAAUUCCAUGAAGGAAUUGGUGUCAAGUACUGAACAGCUGAGAUUAGAAACCCCAGAGGGAUGGCGUGGACCGGAGAAUGGGGCGUCAUAUGUGAACAGAAGAAAGGAUAGCGCUCAGCGCCAAGGUGGAGCAUCCGCUGAGAUCGGAAUCACAGUGAAAGUAGGAAAUUUAGCAAUAGCAAAGGCAGAUGUGAUUGUCAACUCCACAAAUACAGAGCUCGACCUGUCAACAUCGGCGUUGUCCAAGGCUAUUGUGAGUGUAGGCGGCUCCAUAGUACAGACGCAAUGUAAGGAGCUCUUUCCACGGGGUAUGAGAAAUGGUGACGUGCUGCAGAUACGAACGUAUGUUGGCAAAUUACGCUGCAAGGAGCUGCAUCACUGUUGUCUUCCAAAUUACAAACCACACCAGCACCAUGAAGAGGUGUUACGUCUCACAAUACAUCAGUGUCUCCAGAAAGCAUCUGAAGCAGGACACAACAGCAUAGCAUUUCCAGCUCUUGGUGCUGGAGUCAGGAACUAUCCGCCUCGUGUAGUGACAGAUGUCUUUAGAGAAACAAUUUGGGAAUAUUCACAAUUAAACCCUCAGACUUCUCUCAAAGAAAUCAUGGUCGUCAUCUUCCAUAAAGAUCAAACUAUGCUUAAGGCAUUUAUCGACACGUUUGACGUGGAUGCCCGCUACUGGCGAGUUACCACCCUUACCGAGCAGAAAACGGAGUUCUUCCAGGGCUACUUACAGCUGGAGGUGAAGCAGGGCGACAUCCUCACGGAGUGCGUCGACGCCAUUGUAGUCCCCGCGGACAGCAUGUCAGUAUCAGAGUCAAGUCUGAGGGCAACAGGAGCUAUGAUACUGCCUCUGCCCAAACCUCCAACGAAGACUGUCACCACUCCACGAUCGUCUAUAGAGUACAGCCUGUGGAAGUUGAUCAGCAAGUGUCUGUGUAAAGCAGACAAGGACAAAGCCAUGUCGCUCGCCAUAACCUACCAGUCAGGUAACACACACGAGGAGUUCUUCAUCUUGGCUUUCAAUAAGGCUAUUAUCAACAACCAUGAGAAAUUCAAAUGCCUCCGAGAUGUACGACUGAUCCUUGCUGAACCUGCAGCAGUGGCUGAAGCUGUACAGGUAUUCAAGGAGACCUUCGGUGAAGCAAGUGUAAGGAGAUAUACUAUAUCGGGUUUGUCUAUCUUGUCCAAUACUUGGUCAGAGGACCUAUGGGAUGAUAUGGACGACAGUGACCUGACCACACCAAGGGUCAUAUCGGGUUCAGAAGAAGAGGAACUGACGGAAAUAUUUCGGAGAAGCGCUGGAAACACUUUUGAGAUUGUAGACAUACUCCGCAUCCAGAACAGGGAUAGGUACCAGCAGUAUCAGCUACUGAAGCAGGCCAUGAACACCAGACCAGCUUCUGAGCGCGACAUUAGACUCCUCUGGCGUGGCACCAACGUGGAGGAUAUUGAUGACAUUAAUGCGCAUGGCUUCGACAUUCCCCGUUCUGGUGACAAUGACACCAACAACGGCAGAGGCAUGUCUUUUGCCACAGAGGCAAGUUACGCUACUCGGGAUAAAUAUUGCCAUCGAGACACCAACGGCAUUCACUACAUCUACCUGUGCCAAGUGAUCACCGGCGCCCCCACGAAAGCGGAAGAGAAGGCGUCAGACGCGACUGUGGUUGUAAAUGAUGUUGAAACUUCAUCCCUGUAUAUCGUUUUCAGAGCAACACAUGUCUAUCCCCAAUACCUAUUUGCAAUUAAACAGCUCGAUUGUGACAAUGGCUGAAAUACGGUUUGCCUAAGGUUAACUUAUAUGGAUGAAAACUGUUUUUGAACGGGACAUUUGAUUUUGCUUAAAGAGACUUUUCGGGAAAAUGUAUGCAAUGCCACAACGUGCUCUUAAAUCUUUGACAUAUUUAUAAGCUUAAAUAGUCAAAAUGUGGUAUGGGUAUUUGUGGAUUCUUAAUGCCAUACACCAUACUUAAGUAACAUAUUACUAUACUAGUAUAUAUGCAUUAUGUGUGCAUUUUAAUUUAAUGCUUAUAUAUCUAUUAGGACAUUGAAGUAUUUUCAAGCGCGAAAUAAAUGAAACAAGGAUAAAUCACAAAGUUCUUUGCCUCACUCAGACAACCGUUUACCUUCACCAUUGAUCAUUCUAUUUCUACAUGCCAGUCAUCACUUGCACUUGCCAAGACGUCUACAUGCCGAUAUUUUCUACAUGCACUUCAUGCACAUACAUAGCACUGUUUCUUUGAAGUCGUUCAUCUGACUGUUACUAUUAUGAAUGUGACAGUGUCUGAGGACAACGAUGUAUAUUUGAAGUAGUUCACAUCACUUUCACUAUUAUGAAUGUGACAACAAUGUGGGAGAAUUGCACUGUUUCCUUAAUCUGACAUGAUUCUUUCGACUAGACUUUGAGAGGAGUUGCUUAGUUAAGUGUUUUAUUGCGUUUGUCUACACACCAGAUAUCUAUCCCUGACCAUCAUAUUUAUCUAUGAUUUCUCAACCCAGUUUUAUCACAGAAACACUGCUGAUUGGAUGACUGAACCGCAAGCAGCGUAGUCAUUCGUCAGACGUUUCGCCAACAUUGGUUCAUUGUGCUAUAUCUGUGUAGAUACGGAUUCGGGGUUAGAAUUGAUCCCCAGUUACUUUCCAAAUUAAUGUGUGCUGGUCGUAAGAGGCGAUUACAUGGGUCAGAUUGUCGGGCUCGGUCACUUGGUUGUUUGUGUGCCAUCGUACCCCGACGGUGUGGGUCGUAGCUCACAAUAUCGAUCACUAGAUUGUCUGUUAUACUGGUUACCAGAUAAGCCUUUGAAAAAAAGAAACCGAUAACGCAUGAGAAAUACGCACGAAUGACUGUUGGGGAAUACAUCUGUUUAUAAACUCAGUCUGUUAUUGUUAUAUCAUAUGAGUUGAGUAAAUACCUUUCAUUUAAUGUAUAAAGAUGUGGCAUGCUAUGGCAUAUAAUGAAUGAAUCAAUGAAUGAA